UUUUUGAUAAGUAAACACUUAACAAUAAAAGAUAGAAGUUCGGCCGACGACAGCUUUAUAUAAAUGUAGACCAUUGGUCGUUUCGGUUGUUAUUUGAUUGUAGAAUUUUAACCAGAAUUUGUGAUUAUGUUGAUAGUGGUACUACUUGGUGCCAUUGGAUUGGUAUCCGCCGGUGACGGAACGGGAUAUAAUUAUCCAAAACCCUCGAUCCCAUUCGGCGAAGAAGUGUGUCCACCCGGCUCAAAUGGCGUCUAUCCACAUUGUGAUCAUCCACAACCUCAAGGGAAGUGUGCUACAGGUUAUUCCGGAAUAUUUCCUGACUGUGAAGUGACGGAAAAACCUAGACAAUGUCCUCCACCAACAGUUGGUACAUAUCCAAACUGUAUCGUUCCUCCUUGUCCGCCAGGAUUCACUGGAAUAUUCCCGAACUGUGAGAGACCAAAAAAUACAGGCCCUGGAGGAUAUCUACCUCCUCCACCCACCGGAAUGUGUACACUAGAUUGGAGCCAAUUCAAAUCAGCUUUCAACAAAACUUACGUCGAUGAAAACGAAGAAAGCUAUCGUCAACAAAUUUUCUUGCAGAAUCAACAGAUCAUUGUUGCUCACAAUGCAUUAUAUGAGCAGGGUCUUGAGACCUAUUCGUUGUGCAUAAAUAAAUUUGGCGAUUGGUUACACGACGAAUACAUUGGAAUCAAUGGAAUCGAUCUGUCGCAAACUGUCGCUAGUGACGAAGAUGAGAACGACAGUGGUGAAAGUGGUGACGAUAGCAAUGAUGGAAAUGGAGGCCAUGGUGAACAACAUGGAGCACAUGGAUCGGCUGAAUCAAGGUCAAACAACAGUAAUGAUGGCAACGAUGUUGAUUCUUCAGGCUCCGGAGCAAACACCGAUCAAAGUGGAAAAUCGAGCGCUAGUUCAUCGAGCAAUGGAAAUGUUCAAGGCACAAAGGCUAGUAAUGAUGCAGGAGACGUGCCAGAUUCGAAAGAUUGGCGUAAGGAAGGAGCUGUAACACCGGUGAAAGAUCAAUUAAAAUGUGCGUCGUGCUGGGCUUUCUCAGCUGCUGGAGCUUUAGAAGGACAAUUUUUCCUUAAAAAUGGUGUACUUGAAUCAUUAUCUGAACAACAAUUGGUCGACUGCUCACGACGAUUUGCCAAUAACGGUUGCAAUACCGGCUAUAUGACCAAUGCCUUCUUAUACACGAAAAAGGACGGAAUUCGUACCGAAGCUGAAUAUCCAUACGAAGCAAGAGAUAAUCAAUGCAGAACAUCUCCGAAUGAAAUGAAGAACAAACGACUCAAGGCUAUUCCGAAGGGCGAUGAACAAACAUUGAAAGUAUCGGUUGCUCAGAUUGGACCUGUAUCCGUUGGCUUGGAUGCUACGCACGAUAAAUUCAUGUUCUAUUCGGAUGGUGUCUAUUUCAACGAAGAUUGUAAUCCGGCGAGAAUAAGUCAUGCUGUGUUAGCCGUUGGUUACGACACCGAUGAGAAAACUGGAUUAGAUUACUGGAUUAUCAAAAAUUCGUAUGGAACGACAUGGGGAGAUGAAGGAUAUGGUAAAAUAGCUCGAAACAAAAACAAUCAUUGCGGCAUCGCAAAUUUGGCAUCGUAUCCGAUUGUUUAGUGAGGUGAUUGCUGUGAAGACAAUAAAAAUUGUCAUUUAACUUCUUUUGUAAUUUUUUUUUCUGUGAAAAAUUAAAAAAAAAAAAAAAUUUAACCGGAA